ACGAUUUCUCUUGCUAUCGUGGUGAUUUUUAGCAAGUAAUUUUUAUGGCAAUUGAAGAGGGUGUGGUACCUUAGUUGGUAUGAAGUACAAAAAUUAAUUUAGUUGACACCCCUUGACGGUUUGAUGGUGGAGCGGACGCAUGAGGUACAUAGAUCAAAUAAAAAGAAAAAGCAAACGGGGUUAAUUGUUGAUAUAUCCAGAAGGCACAUGAAGAAAAAUAUAUCUUCUAGAUUCUUGCUCUGGUUUGGUUCUGGUUCAUCUAUCAUUACUAGACACUACUUUCGGAGGUGAAAUCGAACUAUAAAUUGAGAAAGGGUGAUGGUAAAGAAUAGAUAAUAUGUCAUAUCUGAUGUUUCCAGUGCGCUACAAAUCUAUACUUAUUAUCUUCUACUGUAUAUGCUUUUCAUUUAGGGUACUCAAAGACUAUUACAAAUGUAUUGGUAGUAGAUUCAGAUAAAAGACCAGUAUGUGCUUUCUAAAAGUACUGAGAUUUAAACUUUAGUAAGAGCUAUUAAAAGAAAGGAGGAUAAGAUAGUGAGACUGAAUGACAGCGGUCUAGAAUCCCUUGGUUCCCCACUUUCAAGAACUGCUAUAAAUUUCUUUUGUGUUAAUCAAAGUACCAGAAUAUCAAUUAUAUGUCAUUUUGCUAAUGGAGGAAAGUUAUACACAACGUGCAGGAAAUUUAGCAUUCAUAAGUGCACAGAUGUCCAAACGAUGGUAGAAUUCUCUGUUUUAAAGUAGUAGAGUACUUCCUAUUGGGCCCUUAAAUCUCUCUGCGGCACCAUAUAAGUUGCAUGAUUAUGCUGAACGACUAGUUGAUUAGUCUCAGAACUUCAUGUUCAUAUGCCUGUAUUGCUCAUUCCAGGAGGCAUGUAAAUAUGGAACCAGAUGGAGCCGGUGGCAAAGGAACUUGGGGCAUGCUCUUGGAUACUGAUACUGAUUCACACAUGGACCCAAAUGAUCCUAAUUAUGAUAGCGGAGAGGAAUCAGAUCAGCUAGAUGGUACCACAAUUUGUAACCUUGUACAUGACUACAAAAAAUCUAUAACAACAAUCAUUAAGGAGUACUUCAGCACUGGUGAUGUAUGCUUAGCCGUAACAGAUCUUAGAGACCUUAGCUCUGAUGAAUACCAUCACUUCUUUGUUAAGAAACUUGUUUCCAUGGCAAUGGAUAGGCGUGCCAAAGAGAAGGAGAUGGCAUCUGUUCUGCUAUCUGCUCUGUAUGCAGAUGUGAUCAGUUCAUCUCAAAUCAGACAGGGUUUUCUCAUGCUACUUGAGUCAGUUGAUGAUUUGGCUCUUGACAUACUUGAUGCUGUUGACGUGCUGGCUUUAUUUAUAGCUCGUGCUGUUGUUGAUGAAAUCCUACCACCUGUCUUUCUCACAAAAGCAAAGAAAACGCUUCCUGAAUCUUCUAAAGGCCUUUGUGUCAUUCAAACUGUGGAAAAGAGCUACCUCUCAGCUCCCCAUCAUGCAGAAUUAGUUGAGCGUAAAUGGGGUGGCACCACCCAACUUAUUGUUGAAGAGGUUAAAAAGAAGAUUGCAGAUUUGUUGAGGGAAUAUAUUGAGAAUGGAGAUGCAACAGAGGCCUGCAGGUGCAUCAGGGAGUUGGGAGUCUCAUUCUUCCAUCAUGAGGUAGUGAAACGAGCUCUGAUCCUUGCUGUGGAAAUCCACACGGCAGAACCUCUUAUGCUAAAGCUUUUAAAAAAAACGUCUGAAGAAUUCCUAAUUAGUCCUAGUCAGAUGACCAAGGGUUUCUCUAGGCUUAAUGAGAGUCUUGAUGAUCUAUCUCUAGACGUUCCUGCUGCAAAAUCAAUGUAUGAGAAUAUAGUAAACGUAGCAAUUUCUGAUGGAUGGCUGGACCCUUCUUUACUCAAGUCAAAUGGGGCAGAUGAGGAGUUCAAAGAUGAAGUUUAUGAUAGAUUGAAGAAAUACAAAGAAGAAACUGUCAACAUAAUACGGGAAUAUUUCCUCUCCGAUGACAUCCUGGAGCUUAUCAGAAGUCUCGAAGACUUGGGUGCUGCUAAGUAUAAUCCUAUUUUUAUCAAGAAACUGAUAACACUUGCACUGGACCGCAAGAACAGGGAGAAGGAAAUGGCAUCUGCUCUUUUAUCCGCCCUCAGUAUGGAAAUGUUUUCGAGAGAGGACGUUGUGGAUGGAUUCAUAAUGCUACUUGAAUCCACGGAGGACACUGCAUUGGACAUUUUGAAUGCUUCCAAUGAGCUAGCUCUAUUUCUGGCAAGGGCCGUCAUUGAUGAUGUCCUAGCGCCACUCAACCUGGAGGAGAUCAACAGCAUGCUUCCCCAAAAUUGCAGGGGUAGAGAAACAGUUCAGAUGGCCCGCUCGCUAGUUUCUGCUCGACAUGCUGGUGAGAGGCUUCUGAGAUGUUGGGGUGGCGGCAUCGGCUGGACAGUGGAGGAUGCAAAGGACAAGAUUAUAAAACUUCUGGAGGAGUAUGAGAGUGGAGGUGACAUCAGAGAAGCCCGGCAAUGUAUCCGUGAUUUGGCAAUGCCUUUCUUCAUUCAUGAAGUAGUGAAGAAAGCUUUAGUGAUGGCUAUGGAAAAGAAGAAUGACAGGUUACUGGGUUUACUGCAGGAGUGUUUUAGUGAAGGAUUGAUUACUGUCUACCAAAUGACCAAAGGGUUCGCCCGUGUGAAGGAUGGUCUCGAUGACAUUGCCCUCGAUAUUCCUAAUGCAGAGGAAAAGUUCCAAGAAUAUGUGGACCACGCGAGGAAGCAUGGCUGGCUUCUGCCAUCCUUUUAGGUAGCUACUCCCCAUCCUUUGUCCAAGCCCCAUGUCUAUUUUUUUUGUCCUCUGCCCAUCUUAUUGCUUUAAGCUGUGCUAAGAUGCAUCUCUAACGCCUUAGUUGGGACGUUUGCAUCUUUGUUUAGGGUUAGAUCAUCCCUUCAAUUUUUUCCCCCUUCUGAAAUUGUAGCAAAAUUAAAUUUUCAACAGAUUUACUAUAUUAGUUGGACAGUCAUAUGGUUGUGACCGCAAGUUUAUCUGUCAAGAUAUAGGCUUUGGUGCCCAUAUAAUCCGCAAGUUUGACCUCCUAUCUGAUCCAAAAUUUUAGAUUAUUUGGGUACCGUAAUGAUCCACGAAUUAAGAAAAUGUAAUAUAUUUGGAUCUUAGGUUUGAUGUAGAUAUCUAAUUUAAAAUAUUGAUUAA